UUCAAACCUCUGAAGUUCGGCCAAACGCCAAACAAGUGUGAUUCGCCAUAAACUACUUAUAUGAUUCUAAAUUUCCAUGAAAGUCUUGCGUAUUCCUUACUUACAGAAUUUGUCAGCAUCUGCUUCAAAACUUCUGCGAAUAGAUGGACAAAUACAGAGCUAUGCUUAUCCUCACUACGAAUGUCCUCAUGUUUCUUGUCAUAGUUUCCGCUCAGCCAGGAUUUCUGAGCAUUAAUUGCGGCGGGGGAAAUAACUACACUGAUUCGGUGACGAAUCUAACAUGGAGUUCCGAUGUUAACUACAUAGAUGUGGGUGAGGUAGCGAAUAUUAGUAACUCAAGUAUACCAUAUUACUUGCAGUCAUUACGUUACUUUCCAAAGCCUCUGAAAAAGUCUUGCUAUAGCUUGCCUUUAAAAAUUAAUGUCCCUUAUCUCUUACGCCUGCGGUUUCUUUUUGGUAAUUAUAAUGGAAUCCAAACGCUUCCCAGCUUCAAUGUUUCUCUGGAGACACAAGGCAUGCUUAUUGAGAACAACCAUUCCAUCCGAUCAGCGGAAACCCCUCAAUUUACCAGAGAAAGUAUCAUCACCAGUUCUAGUGGCGUCCUCUAUGUUUGCUUGAUUCGAAUUUCUGACAGCAGUGAUCCUUUCAUAUCUGCGAUUGAGUUGAGGAGUCUUUCAGGCAGCCUCUAUGAGACUCAGGUAAAGCCUGGAAUAAUGUUGAGUACACUAUCAAGAUAUGAUCUGGCUGCUCAAUCAUCAGACGUUAUCAGGUAUCCUCAAGACCGAUUGGACCGCUUGUGGAGUUCGGACAGCUUCAUGGUUGAUCUAUACAACAAUACUAUUAUUCAAAAGGCACAUUCGAACAGAGUGGUUUUGAAUCAGAAUAAUGUCACCAGCUUUCCUCCUACUGUUGUAAUGCAGACAGCUGUAAUUUCCAAAACUACUAUAAAUCGAUUGCGUUUAAUACUUUCGCAACAGAAUACCAGAACUUUUGUUGUGUUAUAUUUUGCAGAAGUUGAGGUCCUCAACGGUUCAGAGGCAAGAAAUUUUAAUGUUAUGGUAAAUGAACAAACAGUUGGCUAUAUAGACUACGCUUUGCAAAAGCAUUCUAUUGAGCUAGCAUUCUCAUACAACUACACACAGGGAAGUGAAGUAGUGAUAUCUCUUGAAACCAUAGACCAACCAGGAAAGUCUAGCCGUGGUCCUCUAAUCAACGCUAUUGAGUAUUACAGAAUAGUGGAGAGCAAGGCAGAAACUUAUGCAGGAGAUGUGAAUGCUCUUUUAUCAAUUAAAAGAGCUUUUGGUAUCAAAGGCUGGAUAUCGGAUCCUUGCUUUGGUAUUGAAUGGACUGGAAUCAGAUGCAGUACAGACCUUCCCGUGAGAGUCUUGAAUAUUGAUUUGUCGGAAAGGAAUCUGUCUGGAACCCUACCAGGACAGAUCAGCCAAAUGACUGAAUUGAGAAGCAUUUUUUUUCAGAACAACAAUUUGUCAGGAACAUUGCCACUAGACUUGUGUAGCUUGACCAAAUUGCAGAUAAUACGCCUUGAAAACAACUACUUAACAGGAAGCAUCCCAGACUGUCUGUCACAAAUGAGUAACUUACAACAACUAAAUUUAGAGAACAAUAACUUCAGUGGAGUUGUUCCGGAAGGGCUUGUGAAGAAUCCUUCAUUGAACCUCAGUUAUUCCGGCAAUCCCUAUCUGUGUCUAGGAAAAGAUAAGUGCCAGUCUAAGCGUCAUAAAGUCGGAACCUUUGUUAAAUCAACUAUUGGCGUUGUAGUCGGCUGUUCAGUAGCAAUGAUAUUAUUCAGUAUAUGGCGGAGAAGACAUAACUCCAAGAAACUAAGGCAAAUGGAGAAUAUAAACGCCGAGGAAAAUGCGGCUGUUAUUGUACCAAACCCUAUGAAGUCUCGUUCAUUUAGUCUAGAGGAGAUGAUGAGAGCUACAAAGAAUUUGAGCCGAAAAAUUGGGGAAGGGGGUUUUGGAAGGGUCUAUUUGGGCAAAUUGCAGGAUGGUAAAGAUGUUGCCGUAAAGCUUCUUUCGUCCUCAUCAAAACAAGGAGCAACAGAGUUCUUGAACGAGAUCGAUCUGCUGUCUCGAUUGAAUCACAAGAACUUGGUCUCGUUGCUUGGUUACUGCAAUGACUCCAAACAACUUAUGCUUGUUUAUGAUCAUAUGCCCUUCGGAUCACUUAAAGACCACCUCUAUGGUUCCUUGGCCACUUCUUCUACACUGGAUUGGAAAACUAGGCUUCGAGUAGCUUUAGAUGCAGCAGAAGGAAUUGAAUACCUGCAUGUAAGCUGCACACCGAAAAUCAUUCACAGAGAUGUGAAGAGCUCAAAUAUCCUGCUGAACUCCACUCUGCGAGGUAAAGUGGCAGAUUUUGGCCUUUCAAAAAUCAUUGGCGAUGACAGUGGGUCUCACGUGACCACCACCAUAAAAGGAUCAGUUGGAUAUCUAGAUCCAGAGUAUUUCCAUACGAGCAAGUUAACGGAGAGGAGUGACGUGUACAGCUUUGGAGUGGUAUUAUUGGAGAUCAUAUGUGGCAGAAAACCGAUCGCCUUGGAGCGAUCAGAAGAAGAACUCAGCCUUGUCAAAUGGGUGAUGCUACAUGUGGAAGCGAAUGAAGAAUCUGGUCGUCAUUUGACAGAUAUCCUUGAUAAAAGGCUGCGCCUAACAGAAAAUGAUUUCAAAUCUUUUUAUGACGUAUUGCUUCUGUCAACAAAAUGCAUUCAGAGUGAGGCAUCCAAAAGACCAACGAUAAGUGAGAUUGUAACACAGAUAAGGGGUGCCCUGAAUUCAAUCAAACCGGAAGACACCACUAAAAAAUCCGGAGAAUCUGUCAGCCCUGCAGAGUACAGUUGCAGUGUAAUUCAUGUUGGUAGGUGACACUAGGAUUAUAUGGCUACAUGUGUGGCUAUAGCUACUGCCUGCAAUAGCCACAAUGAUAAGAAGUAAUAAAAAUUAAUAUAAUUGAU